UUCCACCGCCACUAAUAAGGAGCUCGAUCGGCGGGCGAUCCCACUCGGACUUUUAUUUUACAAGUCCUCAGAACCGGAGUCGGACCGGUCGUUAUCUCGCGUGGAUUAUGCUCAUCUCGCUGCUUUUUUGAUUCCGCACCGCCUUUGAGGAAACUUUCCCCGCUCCUGUUUUCAAGAAAGCAGUCUACCAGUGUCAGAACCAUGAUCUGCCUGCUAAGAUGGACUACUCUCCUUUGGACUGUACUCUUAAUUCCUUGCACUUUUGGAAUGGCAGUGAAUGAACGAACAGAUGUCUCAUGUUCACGAUUGAAUGUGGAUGAAAGCAGGUUUUCAGAUGUCUUGGAUCGUCCUCUGGAAAUCACAGGAUUUGAUCUGACAGAAAAGUUUCUUUUGAGAAAAGGGACAGUCACAGAAGACCUGCCUUCAUUUCGCCUGGGAAGCAGCCCACUUAUCAAGCCAACCAAGCAAAUCUUCCCAAAUGGGUUGCCAAGUGAAUACUCCCUGGUCACCAUCUUCCGUGUGAGAAGAACUACAAAAAAAGACCGCUGGUAUCUAUGGCAGAUAUUCGACCAGGCUGGAGACACUCAGGUGUCAAUUGUGGUUGACGGCGGCAGGAAGGCGGUGGAGUUCUCCUCGCGGGGCCUGCUGAACAACGUGCUCCGCUACACGUUUAAGAGCCGUGACCUACACAACCUGUUUGAUCGCCAGUGGCACAAGCUGAGCUUUUCUGUGCAGAGCAACAUCGUCUCUGUUUACAUGGACUGCAGGCUAAUAGAAAGGAGGCUGACUGGCGAGAGAGAUGCCGUUGACCACAGUGGGCGUGCACUCAUCACCACCAGAAUAGAGGAUGGACGGCCGGUGGAUAUUGAACUCAAACAAAUUCUCAUCUACUGCGACCCUUACAUAGUGGAGAUGGAAACGUGCUGUGAGAUACUGGAGCGAAAGUGUGAAGACCCGCAGACGUUUAAUGGCACCUCCCCUCCCCCGGUUACAGCCCAACUCCCACAGAUGCUGUCUCAGCCAGCCACACAGCCAAUUGACAGAUGUCACUGCCCAGCUGAAAAGGGAGAGGUUGGUCUUCCAGGCCAAGUUGGCCUUCCUGGACCAAAAGGAGAUGUUGGGGAUAAGGGUGACUCAGGAGAGGAUGGCACACAAGGAAGCUCGGGUCAAAAGGGAGAAGUUGGAUCGGACGGACAGAAGGGGAUGGAAGGGGAAAGGGCUGACAACGACUGUCUCAAAGGGGAUCAGGGCCUUCGGGGAGGAAAAGGAGAACAGGGACUAGGUGGACUGCCAGGCCGGCCAGGUGAAACAGGCAAGGAGGGCAAAAGGGGCCGCAGGGGAAAGCCUGGUGAGCCUGGACCUGAAGGCAAACCUGGCGACAAGGGCGAGACUGGCGUCCCGGGAGAGAAGGGGGCGAAAGGAGACAGCGGAGAGCCUGGUCAGCCUGGUGCCGAGGGGGCCGAAGGGAUGAAAGGACAGAAAGGUGAUGGAGGCCCACCUGGUCCACCUGGUCCUGUGAUGACAUCUCAUGGAUUGAGGCAACUCUCUGAAACUGAUGGAACAAUGAAUGCACUGAAAGGAGAAAAGGGGGAUCGGGGGGAAAUUGGAUCACCAGGACCACAAGGCUUGAAGGGAAUCAUCGGGCUGCCGGGAUUGAAAGGAGAUCAAGGUCCAGAGGGCAAGCAAGGACCCGCUGGACUCCCAGGAGAGCCAGGCUCACCAGGGGAGCAUGGAAGAAAUGGCCUAAAAGGGGAGAAGGGGGACUCAGGAACAGGGAUUGGACUGCCAGGACCCAAGGGUGAGCCUGGAGAGCCUGGAAAUGUGGGCGAUGGGCUGUCUUUAUCCAGAAGCUCUCGUGGCCCUAAGGGAGAACGAGGCGUCCCAGGACUGCCUGGAGAGCAUGGUGAAAAAGGCGAGCCUGGAGAGAGCAUCACAGGCAUGCCAGGCCCCAUGGGACCCCCAGGGAAGCCAGGAAUGGAGGGUCUUCGUGGAGCCCCAGGUUCGUCUGGGCCGACUGGAACUCCUGGAAAAGAGGGCCCCCCUGGCAGACCAGGUGCCCCAGGCCCCGCAGGACCGCCAGGUGAACCGACCGCACUACCAAUCGUUGGAGAUAUUGGAGCUGCGCUUAAGAACGCCUGCAGUGUCUGCCAGAUGAGAGUCUCCGGGUUGACCGGGCAGAAGGGAGAGAAGGGCUCCCCCGGAGCGCAAGGACAUGAUGGCAUGGUGGGAGAAAAGGGAGAUCCAGGUAUAAGAGGUCCAAUGGGGAACCCUGGUAAAGAAGGCCCAAAGGGAGUGAAAGGAGAGCGAGGCUUCUUGGGCCCCACAGGUGAUAAGGGUGAUGAGGGGCCUGCUGGAGUUCCUGGACUCCCUGGGGUUACAGGUCGCACUGGGGAGCAGGGUCUAAUGGGUUGGCCUGGUCCAGUGGGUCAAACAGGAACUAAAGGAGAUCAAGGAAACGAAGGGCCUCCUGGACGACCUGGGCUUCCAGGACCUCCUGGUGCACCCUACGUGGAGGGCAAUGGGAUGAGCGGCCUGUACAAGCUGCAGAGUGGUGGAGCUAUUUUAGGACCCCCCGGAGCUCCUGGCGCUCCGGGACCCAAAGGAGAUGAAGGACUUGCAGGGGACCCGGGGCCUAUGGGAUUACCUGGGCUUGAAGGACUACCUGGUGCUAAGGGUGAUGUCGGUCUGCCCGGUCCACCUGGAACAUCAGGUCCUCUAGGGAAGCCCGGCCCACGGGGAGAACCAGGGAUCCCAGGAGAGCCGGGUGAGAGGGGGCCACUCGGAGAGACGGGAUUCCCGGGACCCGAGGGACCCCAAGGUGUUGCUGGCAGGCCUGGGAAGGAUGGAACUCCCGGAUACAAGGGCGAUCCAGGUAGAGCGGGUGACAGAGGAUCCAAAGGGGAACGUGGUGAUCCGGGAAUUCCCGGAGAGAGAGGUGUCCAGGGAGAAAGAGGACGCACUGGAGAUGGUGGCCCCUCGGGACCGAGCGGACCUGUUGGCCAAAAAGGGGAUGUGGGCCCUCCGGGACAGUUGGGCGACACCUCCCUCAUGGAGGAACUGAAAAUGUUCAUCAGGACUGAAGUAUUAAGGGUCUUUGAAGAAAAGCUGUCGAGCUCUGCCCUGCUACAGAAGACACCUGCAGGCCUUUUAGCCUCACAGAUCCAAGGACCUCCAGGAGACCCUGGCAAGGAUGGCUCACCAGGAGUGCCUGGACCUCCCGGUCCUCAAGGAUAUAGGGGGCAAAAAGGAGAACGAGGUCAGAUUGGUCUGGGCCUGCUGGGAGAUCCAGGACCUAUUGGACCACCAGGCCCUCCUGGGGAAGCUUCUCAGGGUCCUCCCGGCUCCCCGGGGCCAAGAGGACCCGCAGGGACGUGUGACCCCGGGGAUUGUGUACCCUUCGAGCCCGACUCCAGCUUCGGCCAUCCCGCCCCCAGCUCCCUCCUCCAGCCAGGCAGGAAAGGAAGGACGCCAUGAUGGAUGCAGUAGGGGUCCUCGUGUGUGUGAGUGUGUGCGUGACAUUGCUAACAGGCUUCAUUUGAAUGCAACAGAAACAUUUUUUUUUGUUUUUGCAAUGCUGUACUUUUAGGUUAUUGGUUGUUUUUACUCCCCUCCUACCGGCUGUGAUGUAAUGCAUUCCUUGUCAUCUCUCAUUACGUCUCUGAAGCCCCCCCCCCCCCCUCUCCCCGCCGCGUCUCAACAACAUGAUCUUAAUUAUUUGUUUGCCUCCUUAAUUGGCACGCUUAUGCACCCCUUCUGUUCUUCUUCAGAUAAGCCGUACAAGGGACUGUACGUGUGUCUCUGUGCCUGUGAGAUGAGCUGUGUGUUUGUUUCAUGUGCAGAUGCCAGAGAAUUAGAAGCCUGUUUUAACUCUCUUGCCUUUGCAUGGUGGUCUUCAUGUUGAGGACCUCCUUAUCAACCUCCUGCAGAGCAUGCGGGUGACCUCAUGCAUUUACAUAAUAGUCUGAUACAGAAGACGGCAAACAUAAAAAAAAAUCCCCUCCAAAAAAAUCCAGCGCCUUAUGAACUGUAUAACCAAAGUGCAGCAGCAACUGUGUCUGAUAGAGAAUUAUUUAUUUUCAAUGUAUUCAAAAGAAGUGUUGGGUUUUUUCGAGCUUGUGGCUUAAGCUAUUUCUGGAUGAGUGGGGGGGAGCUUAUUUAAAAUGCAUCGUGCAUGAUAAUCAUUUUCAAAAAGAAACUCAAACGUCUUCCCAUUAAUUACGUUUGCCAUUGCAGCAAUCGUACAAAAAACACUGAUUGUUAUGCAUGACAAGAAUGUACUUGACAAGUUUGAUUGUUCUUAGAGGCCUCACUUAUAUGAAGGAGUAUAGGGGAUGCACUAAAAAGACACAAUUCCAAUUUAAAAAGUCAUAUUUUUUUCAAGAAAAAAGCUUAUUUUUAACGGAAGAUGUCCAGAUUUUAAAUUACCCUAGGCGCUGCUGCUCACUGCUCCCCUCACCUCCCAGGGGGUGAUCAAGGGUGAUGGGUCAAAUGCAGAGAAUAAUUUCGCCACACCUAGUGUGUGUGUGACAAUCAUUGGUACUUUAACUUUAACCUUAUUAGACUAGAGUAAACCCUCAUGAAUUUCCUCAAAGUAGGAAUUAAAGGCCUACUGAAAUGAAAUUUUCUUAUUUAAACGGGCAUAGCAGAUCCAUUCUAUGUGUCAUUCUUGAUCAUUUCGCGAUAUUGCCAUAUUUUUGCUGAAAGGAUUUAGUAGAGAACAUCGACGAUAAAGUUUGCAACUUUUGGUCACUGAUAAAAAAAGCCUUGCCCCUACCGGAAGUAGCGUGACGUCACAGGUUGAAGAGCUCCUCACAUUUUUAAGAUUAAAGAUUAAAGAUACC